UUUACGGAAUUAAAUAUAUGUAUAACGUUAUCAUAAAUACGUGACGUAAUUUUGCUCCUGAAAUGUCUCGCAACAUACCAGUCCUUCCUUAUUUCUUGCGGAUUAUUGCUUAUAAUUGGCUUGAAUCUAGAAUUGAGGUUAUGUGUCGUUAAAAGUGUAAACAAAUAUAGACCUAGUGUGAUUUAGUGGUGAAUAAGUGGAUGUAGAUACAAACCUGUAAAAUAUUGAACAUUUAGCCUAUUACUUCUAUUAAAAUAUCUCUAUAUAUUACGUAAAAUGCCAAAAUUAAUUCCUGUCGGUCCCUCCACUCAUCACGUUGGAAAGUCACUUUGGGAGAUUGUUGGUAAUCUAAAAAACUUUGGUGUAGGAAGAUUAGUUCAACGUAACAUUUAUGAAAGGUAUCCCGAACCCACAUAUUAUAGGAUUCUUAAAAUCGAAACACUUCCUCCACCUACAGACACAAGAGAUUUAAGAAAAGUACGAGCAUACACAGAAAAAGUUUUUCGAGGUAGAAAGUCUGAAAAAAUCUUUGAAAUUUGCCAUGAGUCAUGGAAACCUGAUUUUGUACUGGUGCCAAAGUCGGAGGAAAAAACGUUGAUUGAAAAAGCUGAAGCAGCAGCUAAAACUGUGACGAAAAGAUCUCUGCCAUCUACCAUCCCCUUCCCCCCACUCCUUCAGGAACUCAUAAUUCAAGAAAGGAUUGCCAAGGGGCUGCCUUCAGAUGAGGAACCGAGAAUGAAAGUUAUAAUUCGCCAGAAAGACAUUAGUGGAGAGGAUCUUAUGUACCACUUAGCUGAGGAAGAUCAAACUCCAACGAUUGACUACAAAGGGGGCAAAGGGAAACCGCUUUCCCCUCAGAUGUACAACAUACCAGAGUUCUACAGAGAAAAGUUGGAACAGAAAACAUAGGCUGCCACAUGUAGAUUUAGUUGUAUUAUAGUUGCUUGCAAUAUAAAUUUGCUAUGAAGUAUCAAA